AUGUCAGCACCAACCUCGUCAGCCGGCCCCUCUAUGGAGUUUGUGGAGAAUGAGAAAGUCCUGUGCUACCAUGGGCCACUCUUAUACGAAGCAAAGGUGCUGAAAUGCAAGCGGUUCCACAAGAACUCUCCCAGUCCUUCGAAGGGUCCGCACUACUUUGUCCACUAUCGUGGAUGGAAGAGCUCUUGGGAUGAAUGGGUCCAUCAAGAUCGUAUGCUCAAAUGGGAUGAGAAGAAUCUUGCCGUUCAGAAGAAAUUGGCGGAUGAACAACGCGCUACCAAGGACGGUGAUCGCAAACCCGAGAAAGAGAAGAGCAACCGCGGUCACCAACAUAGAGAGAGUAUCUCUCAAAAAGACAAAGAACCUCUCCCAAAGGAACCCAAGCCUGCAAAACCGCCACCUCGUGCUAAAAAAGCGGUCAAAGAAGAGGAAGGCUAUGGGACCGAGCUCUACAACUGGAAUCCCCCAGUCAAGAAAAAGGUUGAAGUCAAGCUUGUCGUUCCCGAAAAGCUCAAGGCGGUUAUGGUGGACGACUGGGAGGCUGUGACACGCAACGGACAACUCGUCCCGCUUCCUCGCCAGCCAUGCAUCGAGGACAUUCUUCUCGAGUUUCAGGAAUUGCUUUGGACAUUGCCAGUCUCUGGUGGUCCCUCGAGGCGCGACGAGAACGUCCCGCUAUUUCUGAUAGGUAUCAAGGCGUACUUUGAAGAGGCGUUGGGCGCGCACUUGCUCUAUCGGUUUGAACGACCGCAGUAUGCAGAUAUGCUAAGAAAGUAUGCAUAUGGGCCGAAUGUUUCGCCUGAACAGGUGAAAUCGAACACCAAGCUGUAUGGUGCUGAACAUCUCUUGAGACUCUUAGUUACUUUGCCCUACCUCAUGGCUUCUACACCAAUGGAUAUGCACUCCAUGAAUAUCAUCCGCGAAUAUUCUAACCACCUCCUGGAGUUCCUUGCGAAGAAUAAGGAUCGGUUUUUCCUGACCCAGUACGAGGAUACCUCUUCGACCUAUUUGAGCUUGGCCCGCGGAUGA